UGGGUAGUUAUCACAAAUCGAUUGUGUCAUGCUUGAUUUGUCGCUUCUGGUUGAUGGUUGCACCUAGCAGCUAACUGCAUUUGGAAGCCGCAGGUGCUAACUCGACCGCAUGAGAUGUGUCGAUUGGUUGACGACUUUAAGCCGGCGUUCACUUCUUUGAGCCUCUUCCUCUGCGCUCAGUAAGAGUUUGCGUUCGAACCGUAGCACAUCGCGGGCUCGCGGUUUUGGCUUUCUUUUUGCCUAACUUUGUACAUUAAAAUCGUGUUUGUUAAAAAAAUAUCUUAUCUGUGGUGCCAAUUAUAGAUUUUUGUUUUUCGGUAGAUAACGGCAGAAUCGCACCACCAUCACCAUCAUGAGUUCCCCAUCGCUGGCGGUGACUCGCGUAUUAGCGUCGUCCACUAAGCUGUUGCUUCUACCUGUCCCACUGAGGCGGUUUCCAUCGCGAUCCAUUGCCACAACAUCGACGACCCGCAUAAAGCCCAGCUCGCUGGUUCGGAUCGCUCACAGUGCCAGCAACCUUCGCAACGUGAGAAUGCUCGCCGAACGCAAACCCUUCGCGCCGGACUUCUUCUUCCGUCAGUUAUUUGACGAAAAGUCAUGGACGUACACGUACCUGCUGGCGGAUCUGACCAGCAAGGAAGCGAUCCUGAUUGAUCCGGUGCUCGAGCAGGCUCCGCGCGACGCCAAGUUGAUCCAGGAGUUGGGCCUCAAGCUUACCUAUGCCCUGAACACCCACAUGCACGCGGACCACAUCACCGGAACCGGCUACCUCAAGCAGCUGCUUCCGGGGACGGUGAGCGUCAUCUCGGAGGCUAGCGGCGCCAAGGCGGACAAGCACCUGAAGGACAAUGAGGUGGUCAAGUUUGGCCGGUUCGAGAUUAAGGGACUGAGCACGCCCGGCCACACGAAUGGCUGCAUGACCUACUUGGUGGACGAAAUGGGCAUCGCUUUCACCGGAGACACGCUGCUGAUUCGUGGCUGCGGACGCACCGACUUCCAGGAAGGUGACUCACGCACCCUGUACAAAUCGGUUCACGAGAGAAUUUUCACCCUGCCGGACAACUACCGGCUGUUCCCGGCUCACGAUUACAAAGGCAACAUGGAAACGAGCGUGGCCGAGGAGAAGCAGUACAAUCCGCGGUUGACCAAGGACGUUGACGCGUUUGUGGAAAUUAUGGCCAACCUGAACUUGCCGUACCCGAAAAUGAUCGACAAAGCCGUUCCCGCCAACCGCGAGUGUGGGCUGUACGAUAUUCCGAAGGAGUAAUGAAGAAUGAGAAGAAAAACUUUGCUCACCACGUGAUCCUUUUCCAACGUUUAAACCUACUUAUGAUUGACAGCAAUAUCGAGUAUUCUGUAUGUUCAAAUCAAUGCGAUCAACCAAUCAUCCAAUGUUGCUGUUUGAAAUUAUUUUACUUAAUAAAAUUGCGUUAUCUUGUUAACAUAAUUAAUAAUGGUUAUAAUUGGUACAUUUAAAAACAGUAACUAUCAAAUGGUCGACAAAUACAUUUUUCAUUAAAAUAUA